AGGAAAUUGGUGUGUAAAACUCUAUUUCCGUGAUCGAAAUAUUUGUUAUCGUUGCUGUACAUUCUUGACGAACAUUUUGCAGGUGCAUUUUGGAAGUAAAUUUCAAUUAUUAGCAAACAAUAUUUACUCGUCCAUUUGCAAAUCUCGCGCUCAGCAAAUUUCUUGAAUUAGCUUAGGCUGCAGCAAUGAAGGCGUGUACCGUUGCUCUGUUGGUCGCCGCAAGCGUCAUUUGCGCUGCCGAGGCUCUGUCGUGCUCGUAUUGCAGACGCUGGGAGUGCCCUGUCUCUCCACGAAGCUGCCACUGGGGCACAGGUCUCGAUCUCUGCCAGUGCUGCCCAAUCUGUCUGCAGGGUCCAGGAGAGAGGUGCGGGGGCCCGUCUGCCUCUGAUGGGACCUGCGGAACCGGGCUGUGGUGCCAGCCUGACCCUUACGAUAUUCUGCCACCGGGUCUUGAAAGCAACCAGCGUGGCUUUUGCUCCUUUAUUUGGGGUUAACUCGUCGCAUCGAACUUUUUCGUAAUGAUUAGAAAAAUAAUCGUUUAUUAUUAAUAAGGUACGAUGUAGGGAGAGGCGGAAUAGAAACUUUCCCGGGCGAUUCAAAUUUCUGGUCUGAUUUGUUGUCUUGUAGUAGAAGCAAUGCUUUUAGAAACUGCUACAAACGGUUUCGGAAUAAAUGCUUUUUUGUCAAUUUCAUUUUAGGGUAUGAACAUUGCUUCAACCUUUAUGGUUUAUUAUAUAAUCUGUCGCUUAACAGUGAUAACAUUCUUACAUUGUCGCAGUAAAAAUUAAUAGGUAGAUGAAGUAAAUCGACAUACGAAUUAGUGCAGUGUACCGCUGAAUAAUCUACUACAAC